AUGGAACCGUCUUCCUCACAUACGCAAUAUCCUCGAAGCAUUUCCUAUCCUGAAUUUAUCCAUCGACCUUCCACUCGAAUACCAGUGGUGCAGUAUUUCGAAGAACCAUCACAAAUUCAUCAUCAUCAUCAUCACCAUCAUCAUCCAAUAUCAUGCUAUCACCGGCCAAUGGAAUAUCCUUGUCAAGGCUUAUUAUGUCAGCAAUUGAUAUCUUCAAAAAAUCAAACAUACCCAGAACAGGUGGCAUACGUACAACAGCAACAUUCUGCCGAGAUCGCAAAUACAUUAGCGCCGCCGCAAUUACUUAGAGAAUUAUUUGUAACUAAUAAUAGUUCUCCAUUAAUUAAUAAUGUUGCUAUUAAUUUCAAGAAAAAGCCAAUCAGUACUCAUAUUAAUUCUAUAUGCUCAAAUUGUGGUACCAAAGAGACAACGUUAUGGCGUCGCAGCAGUACAGGAGCUAUAGAGUGCAAUGCAUGUAAUUUAUAUUAUCGUAAGAAUAAUCGAUCACGGCCAAUAACAAUGUCAAAUAAAAUACGAAAACGAGUUCGAUUACCGCGUUAUCAUUUCCCAUAA